UCAGUGGAGCGCCAGGAGCGGUGCACUCGCUCACACACACGCGGCUCAUACACACUCGCUUACACGCGUGGAGAGGUUGGACAGAGAGGGACUCUGCCGGAGGACUUUGGGUUAUAUUAUAUAUAUAUAUUUUUUGUGGGAGCAUGAAUUUUCUAUCAAGACAUCGAUCCACACCUCUAGACAAACCAAGUGAACCUUUAAAGGGAAAAGCAAGCGGAGGCAGAUUUUAAUGCAACAUCCUGACUGAACGCAGGGCGAUGCACUCACCUCUGAUUCCGUAAACUGGCACAUGUUUGCAGAAACACUGCGCUGGAUAUAUUUUGUGCAAAGCCAUUAUUCUGUUUUUGCGCUCGGGGCCGUGAGGGCUGAUAUUUGGACCGCGGCGCACCACUACGAGGGACGGCAGUGUGCGUUUUGAGAGCAAUUUGUCAGUGACUCGGACUUGCCUCAGAGCGUAGUUUGACUCCUCAUCAUGGGGCACGGUGCGCAAACUGACAGGGAAAGACUGCCGAGAUUGUCUCCUGAGAUGCCGACCUUAUCCUGGCUCUUGCUUUUACUCCUGGUGGAUUUUGGAGUGGCUCAAGUUGAGGAUGACUUCAUUGGUCUGGGUGAGCUGCCAGAAACCUUCCCUUCAGAUCCCCCGGAGCCGCUGCCCACGUUUUUGAUGGAACCAGAGGAGGCCUACAUUGUCAAAAACAAGCCGGUCAACCUGUACUGCAAGGCCACGCCCGCCACUCAGAUCUACUUCAAGUGCAACAGCGAGUGGGUUCACCAGAAGGAGCACACCGUGGAGGAGAGGGUUGACGAGAACUCCGGCCUGGUGGUGCGAGAGGCCAGCAUAGAGAUCACUCGGCAGCAGGUGGAGGAGUUGUUUGGGCCGGAGGACUUCUGGUGCCAGUGUGUGGCCUGGAGCUCCGCUGGGACCACCAAGAGCCGCAAAGCCCACGUCCGCAUCGCCUACCUGAGGAAGACAUUUGACCAGGAACCUCUUGGGAAGGAAGUGUUGCUCGAACAGGAAGUGUUGCUGCAGUGUCGACCACCUGAAGGCAUCCCAGCCGCUGAGGUGGAGUGGUUAAAGAACGAGGAGGUUAUUGAUCCCGCCGAUGACAGGAACUUCUACAUCACCAUCGACCACAACCUGAUCAUUAAGCAGGCCCGCCUCUCCGACACCGCCAACUACACGUGUGUGGCGAAGAACAUCGUGGCCAAGAGACGCAGCACCACCGCCGCGGUCAUUGUCUAUGUGAAUGGUGGAUGGUCCACUUGGACAGAGUGGUCGGUGUGUAAUAGCCGCUGUGGCCGCGGCUACCAGAAGCGCACGCGCAGCUGCACCAACCCAGCGCCGCUCGGCGGCGGAGCCAUCUGCGAUGGGCAAAGCAUCCAGAAGUUGCCGUGUAAUCCUCUCUGCCCAGUGGAUGGCGUGUGGACAGAGUGGAGUAAGUGGUCCACCUGUGGGACAGAGUGCACCCACUGGAGGAGGAGAGAAUGCAGCGCCCCGGCACCCAAAAACGGUGGGAAGGACUGUGAGGGCAUGGUGCUCCAGUCCAAGAACUGCACCGAUGGGCUGUGCAUGCAGAGUUCCUUAUAUCAGAAGUCGUCUGAUGCAAAAGACAAGAGUGAUUUGGGAAACACAUUGGCCCCCAGUACCGAUGACGUGGCGCUCUAUGUGGGUAUUGUCAUAGCGGUGAUCAUGUGCCUGGUCAUCUCCGUCGUUGUGGCGCUCUUCAUCUACAGGAAGAACCACCGGGACUUCAGCUCCGACAUCAUCGAUUCCUCCGCCCUCAACGGGGGGUUCCAGCCUGUCAGCAUCAAGACCGCCCGCAAAGCCGAUCUCUUAACAGCGCCCCCCGACCUGACCUCAGCAGCCGCCAUGUACCGCGGCCCGGUGUACGCCCUCCACGACGUGGCGGACAAAAUUCCCAUGACCAAUUCUCCUCUGCUGGACCCUCUCCCCAACUUGAAGAUCAAGGUGUACAACUCUUCAGGCCUGGUGACUCCACAGGAUGACCUGGGAGGAGAGUUUUCCUCCAAGCUGUCCCCUAAGCUGCCGCACUGCCUGCUGGACAACGGCGACAGCACCAUGGGCCGCCGGACGCAGACCCAGACGCUGCUCCGGACCAGGGAUCCAUCCUGCACAGCUCUUGGCUCCUUCAGCUCCCAGGGGGGGCACCUCAUCGUGCCCAACUCCGGAGUGAGUCUGCUAAUUCCAGCAGGGGCCAUUCCUCAGGGCAGAGUGUACGAGAUGUAUGUGACGGUUCAGAGGAAGGACAACAUGAGGCCCUUGGUGGAAGAUGGCCAAACAGUGCUGAGCCCCGUGGUGAGCUGUGGGCCCCCUGGGGCCCUGUUGACUCGGCCCGUCAUCAUUACCAUGCACCACUGCGCAGUGUGUGACGGCCAACAGGACUGGCUGAUCCAGCUCAAGAGCCAAUCACAGCAGAUCCAGUGGGAGGAUGUGGUGGUCGUAGGAGAAGAAAACUUCACCACACCGUGCUACAUCCAAAUGGAUGACGAGGCCUGCCACAUCCUGACGGAGACGCUGGGCACCUACUGCCUCGUGGGCCAGUCUCUCAGUGCUUCCACCAUCAAGCGCCUCAAACUGGCCAUCUUCGGCCCUGUCACCUGCCCCGCCAUGGAGUAUCACAUCAGAGUCUACUGCCUGGACGACACACAGGACGCACUCAAGGAAGUCCUUCAGAUGGAAAAGCAGAUGGGUGGGAAGUUGUUGGAUGAACCAAAGACCCUCAACUUUAAAGACAGCACCCACAACCUGAGACUUUCCAUCCAUGAUGUCCCCCACACGUUGUGGAAGAGCAAACUACUAGCCAAGUACCAGGAGCUUUCCUUUCAGCAAGUGUGGAGCGGACCGCAGAGGAACCUCCACUGCUGCUUCACCCUUGAGCGGUUCUCUGCCAGCACCAUGGACCUGGCCUGUAAAAUUUGUGUGCGUCAAGUCGAGGGAGAGGGGCAGAUCUUUCAGCUGGACACUACACUGUCAGAGGAUUCCCAGAGCAUUGACACAUCUCUGCUGGACCCCGCCAGCAACAUCACAACUCUGGUGGGGCCGAACGCCUUUCGCAUCCCCGUCUCCAUCCGACAGAAGUUGUGCGGCAGCCUGGACGCGCCGCAGACCAGAGGCAAUGACUGGAGGAUGUUGGCCCACAAACUUAACCUUGACAGGUAUCUUAACUACUUCGCCACCAAGUCCAGUCCCACGGGAGUGAUCCUGGACUUGUGGGAGGCGCAGCAUUUCCCCGAUGGCAACCUCAGCCGCCUUGCCCAGGUACUGGAGGAGAUGGGACGCCACGACAGCCUUGUUCCGUUUGUGACUGAGCACUGACAUCUGCCCACGAGGGAGCGUGACAUUCCAGAAAGGAGGAGGAGGAGGAGGUGGAGGAUAAGGAGGAGGAGGAAGAAGGCACGAAAAGGAAAACAAGAGUGGGAGACCCCCAAAAGCAGGAAGAGUCAUUUGGCAUCCUUAUGACAAAUGCACGUACACGCUCUCAGAUGUGUACCCUCAAAGAACAGACAGAAACAGCGAGGUCUACUCAGCCGUGACCCAGUUAAACAUUGGCAACAAAGGGUGUAAAAACUUGGAAAGUAAACAAGAAUCUCUCUGCCAGUCAUUUCUCUGGCUGAUCCCCUCUCUUUCUCUCUCUCUCUGAUACGACGACUUGAUAUUCUUGGCUCCGGUUUCCUUGGAAACAGCUGUCCGGUUAUUUGGAUGGACUGUGUGAGAUACACUCACAGCGUACAAGAGUUAAUGACACAAUAUCAGAGGUCAAAGGAUCAAAGGGGGAAGACUUGGACCAGAGGACGUAUCUCUCACUCUCCAAAAUCAGUCUCCAUAGCAACCCCAUGGACAAGUAUGUGUUCUGUGAUAACAUAGUAUUUAAUAAUAUGCCUAUUUAUACAUAUCUCUCCUUUUUCUUUCUUUUUUUUUAAUUUUAUGCUGCCUGGUAGUGAAUCCUUUGCAGUCUCCACUCAUUUUGGUUCCGCUCUCAUGAUGUUUUGACUGUAUCAUAGCACCACCUGGUGGACACCUGGUGCAGUGACUUAUGCUGUCAGCCUCUUUUAAAAGUGCAGAAAGAAACCAGUGAUGUAAUCAUUUCACACUUUCACUGUUGCUGUUGUAACGAUUAAUAGCUUUUUUUUAAUUAUGUUAUGUGUAAUUUUUAAUUUCAAUAAUGUGUGUAUUUUUUUAAUUUGAUUUUUUAAAAGUCUUUACAAUGAUGUUUCUUUAACUUGUACGUUUUUUGUUUUUUUACCUGAUCAUUUGACUAAUUACACCAGUCUGUCUCCGCUAUAACAGAGAGUGAUCAAGACGAUUUUUCCCACACUGAGUAAAAUGUAUGACUAAUCUCGAUGAAUUGUGUGCUGUUUAAGAUGAUAUCAUGUACAUGAAAGACGCCAGGCAGAGAGAAGAGGAAGAAACUAUGGAAAAGGGAAUGAAACAAGUAUAUUUUUGUAGGACCAAUGCAACUGAAAACAAUUGCUUUUUACCAAAUAAUUGACAUACAAUGUUUGAGAUUCAAUUUAAUACACAAGCGGUCAUCUAAAUAUUGUCUCAUCUCAGUUAUGUGUCAUUUCACAUGCUCCGGAUUAACAGAUCAACAUUCAGCUGUGCUUUUGGACGAUAAAGGAGUUUUAACUCAGACUUUGAUGUUUAUACAUUAACGACAGAAGCCAUUAAUAUUCCACUUACACCAAUUCUGUGCAUAAAAAAAAGAAAAAAAAAUGCGAUAGCUGUCAAUGCAGCGUUCUUUAGAAACAACAGCACUUGUGGCAGUUCAAGUGUUCUUGGUUCUUCUUCGUUUGUUUUUGUAUUUUAUUCAAUGGCCGUCGUCCCAGUUUUUUGUAAAGUCGUCUAUGCAAACUUUGCAUCCUUUUGAAACAAUCUUCACAUUCUUAGUGGGCUACCCCUUCGCAUUCCCUAGUUGUUCUUCAGCUUCACAAUUAUUACUGUGUAUAGUGAGAAUGUGGCCCGUCUGUUUCUGGCACUCAUGAUGAUGUCCCUCGCAACGGCUUGCAUUUCAUCUGUCAAGUUCAUGUACAAAGUGUAAGAAAGAAUUUUUAAGACUAAUAAUAAAUUAUAUUUAUAUGCAACAUUGA